CACGGACAGCCAGAAUCCAAAUACUUGACUGAAAAUGCUUCUCUUAUUGCUCGGGAUCAUAGUUCUGCAUGUGGCAGUGCUGGUGCUGCUCUUCGUGGCUACAAUUGUCAGCAGCUGGCUGGUCGGCAAUGCCUAUUCGGCGGACUUGUGGCAGAACUGCACCGAGGGCGCCACCAAUACAUGGAACUGCGUGAACGCGUCCAGCAGCGAAUGGCUCCAGUCCGUCCAGGCGAUGAUGAUAUUGUCUAUCAUCUUCAGCGUCCUGGCCUUGUUCCUCUUCUUCUGCCAGCUGUUCACGCUUACAAAAGGUGGACGUUUCUACCUAACUGGAAUCUUCCAGCUUCUUGCAGCGCUGUGCAUAGUAGCCGGAGCCUCCAUCUUCACCGUGCGGCACACGGAUUGGCAUAAGGACGGGGCCAGUUUCGGAUUCGCCUAUAUCCUGGCAUGGGUGGCUUUCCCGCUGUCCGCCAUCAGCGGCAUCAUCUACAUCAUCCUGAGGAAGCGCGAAUAGGCCCCACCCCGGCCGGCCAAACCCAGGAAAGAAGGAAGAGAAGAAAACAAAAAGCUGAAUACAAAGUCUAAAGGGGAUCCUAAAUUAUCGAAAAAAACAAACCAAAA